UACCCAGCAAUUUAAAAGUGUUUAUUAUCUUACCAUAUCUCCGCUUUUGUCAAUUUCUCACCUCUAUCUUUGCCCUUACUUUGUUUUUGCCAAACCCUAAUUCCCGUACCUCAAUGAAUUUCAAAUCUUUUACUCAAAUCAAGGUUUCUUUUAUGCAAACAAUUGCUUUCUGAUGAUCACAUCAAUAUCAAAUUCCUAGCAACUUCAAUUUGAGAAAUGAAGGGAAGUUCUGUUGAAGAUCCUGAGUCAUGGGAGGUAGCAGAUGUGGAGGAAAGUAUGAAGAGAUUAAUGCUUUCUUCCUCUGCUAAAGAUUCUGCUUCUCUUAGCAAUACUAUUUCUGUUAAUGAUUUUACCUCUGCUUCGCUCAAUUUGGCUUCUUCCAGUGGCGCUAAUGCUGAAAAUGUUGGAGGUUCAGGGAUAUCCGAUGAUGCUAUUAAUCAAGUUGAUCAGUUCCUUCGCGAGGCUUUACAAAAUCCCCGUGAGCGAUUAUCAAUCUUGCGGAUGGAACAAGAUGUUGAGAAGUUCAUUCAGGAUCCUACUAGACAACAGAUGGAAUUUCAACAGCUUCCAACUUCUUAUUUAAGGCUGGCUGCUCAUCGUGUGGCUCAGCAUUACUUUCUACAAUCCAUGGUCUUGCUAGAUAAUAGUCUCCCUGAUGGAUCUGGUUCUAGAAUUAUUGUCCAAAAGACUACAACUGAGUGUCGGUUGCCUUGUAUACGUCUUGCUGAUAUUCCUGUAAGUUUGCCCCAAGAAGACAGUGGUGCCAUCAAGGUCGCCAUAAAACAGAGGCCUCAGAAACAUUCAAGUUUGUUAGUUGGUUGUCAUUCAGGUUCUUCAAAAUCAAAUCACUCCAAAAGUGUUGAGGAAAGGAAAGAAGAGUACAACAGGGCUCGUGCACGCAUUUUUAACUCAAAUAACCAUAUUGGUUCUCCUAGUGUGAAAGCUGAAAUUGAGCCUAAAAAAACAGAUAGUUUACAGCUCACUUCUAUGGGAAUGGCAAAGGUUGAUGAUAAAUCUGCUCCAGGAAGCUCUGAUGUGAGCAGCGGAAGGGCUGUUACUGUAGUUGAUUCUUCGAGCGUUAACAAUAGAUCAGCUAGAAAUAAGACAGAAAAGGACCCUGUUAAUAGGUACAGAGCCAAUAAUAGGGUAGCUAUCUUUAGAGACCGUGAAAUCGACCGCAAAGAUCCUGAUUAUGACCGCAAUUAUGAUAGGUACGUUCAAAGGUUUGACCCUGGAUUCGGAUUUAGUGCUGGACCCUAUACCGUCCAACCAAUGUACUCUCCGGCCCUUAAUUACAAUACAGAAUUUCCUCAACUUGGGUCAACUCCUAGGCCUCAGAUUUCUGCUGAUCCACCACGGCCUCUCCCACAGCAUCUACCUGGACCAUGGGUGUCUCCAUCUAAUCCUGCAGGUCUCAAUUAUGGUCAUCCAGAGACUAUGAUGGCCGCAUAUAGUCCAAACCAUGUCAAUCCUCGUUCUGCAUCUGCUAUUUAUCUACACACCACUCAGUACCCCCCUUGUCAACGUCCUGGAAUACCAUUCAUUCAUCCCCAUGAACAUAUUCACCAAACAUAUCAACAGUUGCAACAGCAGCACCAUGAUGCAUCCCUUGGGUUAGCCCGGCCCCGUUGAGGGGCUUGGGCUUGUGCCUGCACCCUGCUUGCAUGGAAUUUUGUAUGGCAGCACAUUCUAUGUGGCAGGGUGUACAGGCAUAAGAACUGAGGCUGGCUGGAAUGAUUACAAUUGAAAUGCUUGUGCAACAAUUAGCCAGCCUGUCCUUAGUUUGCGUUUAGGCUCCUUGCAUAAUUGUGCAGGGCAUCCUGUGAUUGGGAGGCAUCUCAAUCUAUUGCUGCCAUCGGUGACGAAAUUGUGAGAACAGAAAGAAUUAAAUGUAUUAGCCUGGGCAGGUGCGAGUUUGUUUGGAUAAGGACGGAAACAUAUAACAUGAAGGAUCAAACCAAAAUUCUGUAACCGAACAAGUGUGGAGAGGGAGGCAAAGCCAAACUGGAAUUUACUGCUCAUUUAGUAUCACUGGUUUGGACUCUGGAUGAUCAAAGCGGUGUCAAUAUCAUGAGGCAAUGGGAAUAGCUUAUAGUUUCAGAGAUGUUUAAUGGAGAUAAUGGAUGCAUAGCAUAUCAUUAUUUGUAUUAAUAUAGCAGUAUUUGACUUACCAAUGCAUCUGCUAUGACAGUAUAAGCCCAUUUUACAAUUUUCCAUACUAAACCAGAUUGACCGACUGUUCAACACAAUGUAUUAAUGUGUUAAAUCUCUUUUUAUCAGUUCACUGUUA